AGCAGGGGGCGGAGAGCAAGAAAUUUGGUAGCAUAUAGAGCCAGUAUACUCUCUGCCGUUUUCCCCCUUGUUUUAAUCUGUCGGCUAGUUCCGAUUUUCUCUUUCUUUUUACCGGUUCAGUGUAUGGUUCGAUGUGCUUUCACUUUAAUGCACUCGACAAUUAUGAAGACCUCUAAAGAAACAAUACAAAAUGCAGCCAAAGAGUUUCUUCACUUCGUGAAUCGCGGAGUUUCGCCUUUUCAUGUGGUGGAGGAGUGCCGCUCUCGGCUUCUGGGCGCGGGCUUCACGGAGCUGAAGGAGGCUGAUCACUGGGAUAUCAAGCCAGCCAGCAAGUACUUUGUCACCAGAAACUUCUCCACUGUCAUCGCCUUUGCUGUGGGUGGCCUGUACCAGCCUGGCAAUGGGUUCACUAUGAUUGGAGCGCACACUGACAGCCCUUGUCUGAGGGUGAAACCACGCUCCAAGAAGACACGGCAGGGCUGCCUGCAGGUUGGCGUGGAAUGCUAUGGUGGAGGCAUCUGGAAUACGUGGUUUGACCGGGACCUGACCAUCGCUGGUCGUGUCAUGGUCAAGAAUGGGGAGCGCCUGGUCCAUCGGCUGGUGCACGUGCCUCGCCCGCUUCUCAGGAUCCCCCAUCUGGCUAUACACCUUCAAAGGGACAUUAACGACUCCUUCGGCCCUAACAAGGAGAAUCACUUAGUGCCCAUCUUGGCCACUGCCGUGCAGGAGGAGCUGGAGACGGGCUCUGCAUCCCCUGGAGACGCGUGCGGCGCCUCCAGCACGGCGGAGAAGCACCACCCUGCACUGAUCCAGCUCCUGUGUACAGAGCUGGGCGUGCAGCCAGAAUCUCUGCUGGACUUUGAGCUCUGCUUAGCUGAUACCCAGCCAGCGGUCCUGGGUGGCCUAUAUGAGGAGUUUAUCUUUUCUCCCCGUCUGGAUAACCUGCACAGCUGCUACUGUGCCUUACAGGCCUUGAUAGAAUCCUGCCUGGAGGAUUCUUUGGCCAAGGAUCCCAACAUCCGCAUGGUGACCCUCUUUGACAAUGAAGAGGUGGGCUCAGAGAGUGCCCAGGGAGCCAUGUCCAACCUGACGGAGAUGGUCCUGCGACGCCUGGCCUCGACACCCCAGAACCUCACUGCUUUCCAGGAGGCUGUUCCUCGCUCCUUCCUGAUCAGCGCUGACAUGGCCCAUGCCCUCCACCCCAACUACCAAGAAAAACACGAGGAUAAUCACAGACCAGCCUUCCAUAAGGGGCCUGUUAUCAAGUUCAACAGUAAUCAGCGCUAUGCUACGACAGCAGUGACGGCCUCGAUAUUGAGAGAGAUAGCUGCACGGGUUGCCAUCCCCUUACAGGAUGUGCUGGUUAGGAAUGACAGCCCAUGUGGUACCACCAUCGGGCCCAUCCUGGCAGCCCGACUUGGGAUGCCUGUUCUGGACCUGGGGUGUCCCCAACUGGCCAUGCACUCCAUCAGAGAGAUGUGCUGUACAUCCGGGGUGCUACAGACCACCCAACUCUUUAAGGGCUUCUUUGAGCUCUACCCCACAGUCCGGAGCAUGGUGACGGUGGAUUAGUGGAUGCUGAUCCUCCAGUCCAUUUGUUUGACCUUGAUGAGGUAGUCAUGGAAACACCCUACACUCUGGAAUUCUUUGCACUGCCCUCAGCCUCGUAACCCCCUCUCUGCCAGCCUUUCGCUCAUGAUUUAUUGAAGCAGAGUAAAAUUCUUCAUCUUUUAAACUGAUUUUAUAUCGAUUAAAGAGAAUGGAAAUCUU